ACAGCUGUAAUGUAGUUGUAAGCGCUCGUUCGUCGCGGAAACGUCUGAGAAGCACUGACACUGCGCUCUUUCGCAGUAAUAAUAAUUAAUAAAAUAUUAUUAUUAUUAUAAUAGUAUUUCCGUAGUUCCGUUGUAUUGGUGUCAUAUAAAUAAUUUACAUAAUAUAGACGGCUCAUGCUCAUUACCAUUCGUGAUUUAAGCGAAAGAUCUAUAAAACAAUAUUAUUUUUAACAUGCGACACGACAUAGACUAUUAUUAUACAACAGUGUUGCUACCACGGCUCAUGUUUAACCGAAUACGAUGAUGUCAAAGACGAAUAUAACGUAAUUGUUUUACAAACUGGGCCGUAAUGAGUUGCGUUCCUUGCGUAGAUCCAUGUAGUUCUGUGUCCAAAGAUGAUUUGGACAGGUGGACGAACAGUCUAAAACACGUUUUGGCUAAUCAAACAGCCACGAAAAUGUUUGAAGACUAUUUGCGUGUGUGCAAAUUGGAUUCUGCGGAAAUGUUGGAGUUGUGGAGAAUGUGCGACAGUCUACUGCGCUACGUACAUCACAAGAAAAUAGAAAACGAAUCGUCAAAAAUUUUAAACGACUACAUCGCCAUAGUAGAAUGCGCCAGCGAUGUGGAGGGAUUGACAGAACACCAGUUACGCCGGUUGGAGGAGACUAAAAGCAGUGGGCCAAAGAAGAUAUUAGCCCGCGUUGAGAAACUACGUCAGACAGCUUACGAACUGAUGCAGCAUGACUAUGGGUUGUUUAGGAAAAAGUUAUUAAAGGAUCAUCACAAGAUCGCAAAAAAAUAAUGUUUUUGUUUGUCUCAAAAUAUUAUUCUCUUAAC